AGACACUAAAGGAGCAGUGUUGUGCCUCUACUGCAGCCAUGAGGAGAGCAGACUGACUGUAGGAGACGUGGGAGCCGAUGCAAGUUUAUCCUCAGUCUGACAGAAGGUACGACAUAAGGCAGGUGAAAGUAGGUACAACUCAGAGGUGGAAUGCUAUACAGCAAGCUGGAACACGUAAACAUAUUCAUCACUCCAGUCUGAAAUCAGCAGGAACACCUCUUUGUAUCAGCAGGGUUGGGCUUGUGGAGAAAGGGAAGAAGACGGCUGGAGAGACGGGCUUUAGUGGUGCACAUCAAGGAGAUAAACUACAUCAAUGAAGACACCCGGCAUGGCUGUAUUUAAGCAACAGAAUGUGGAUGAUUUCUAUGAAAUUGGAGAACAACUAGGAAGUGGGCAGUUUGCAAUCGUCAAACGCUGCAUAGACAAAAGUACAGGCAUCGAAUAUGCAGCCAAGUUCAUCAAGAAGCGGCAGAGUCGGGCCAGCAGACGUGGCGUAAGAAGAGAGGAGAUUGAGAGAGAAGUGGACAUCCUGCAGCAGAUCCAGCACAACAACAUUGUGUCAUUACAUGAUGUGUACGAGAACCGCACAGAUGUGGUGCUCAUCCUCGAACUGGUGUCUGGAGGGGAGCUGUUCGAUUUCUUGGCUCAGAAGGAGUCUCUAAGUGAAGAGGAGGCCACUCGGUUUAUCAAACAGAUCCUAGAUGGAGUCCAGUACCUCCACUCCAAGAGUAUCGCACAUUUUGAUCUGAAGCCUGAAAACAUAAUGCUGUUGGACAGAAAUAUUUCUCUACCCCGCAUCAAACUCAUAGACUUUGGACUUGCACACAAAAUAGAAGCUGGGGCAGAUUUCAAAAACAUUUUUGGAACCCCUGAAUUUGUUGCUCCAGAGAUAGUCAACUAUGAGCAACUGGGACUGGAGGCAGACAUGUGGAGCAUUGGAGUCAUCACGUAUAUACUUUUGAGUGGUGCGUCACCUUUCCUUGGGGACACAAAGCAGGAAACGUUGGGAAACAUCUCGGCGAUGGACUAUGAUUUUGACGAAGAGCUUUUCAGCAAUACAAGCGAGCUGGCCAAGAGCUUCAUCAGACAGCUCCUGGAAAAGGACACGAGAAAACGGAUGACUAUACAAGACGCCCUCAACCAUCACUGGAUAAAGUCCUGUGGCCACUUAGAAGAGGAUAGUGCUGCCCGUGAGGCUGAGAAGAAAGCGGAGCAGCUGAAGACAAAGCGUCUGAAGGAGUACACCAUCCAGUCUCACUCCAGCAUGCCCCAGAACAACACGUAUGCCAACUUUGAGCGUUUUGCCCAUGUGGUGGAGGACGUCAGUCUGAUGGAGACAGGGCUGUCUGAGGUGGCAGGAGCCCGUCAGACUCUGCAGGGUGACAUAGAAGCACUGCUCUCCAUCUACAAUGACAAGGAGGCCUGGUACAAGGAGGAAAGCGAGGCUGCGCGGAAGCAGCUGUCCCAGGUCCACUACGAAUUCCGUAAAGUGGAGGCCCAGAGGAGGCUGCUGCAGGAGGACAUGAAGUCUAUAGAUGCCAGUUUGGAGAGCAUCAGUGGGAAGUACAGCCAGAGGCAGAGUCAGCUGGACGCUCUGAGGCAGGAGCUGAACUCUGAACUGCAGUGGCUGCAGGAGGUGAUGACCUCUCUGCACCCGGACGGAGCCAACGGCAGCAUCCACAGCAGCAGUCUGACUACGGAUGUGAAGCAGGCGCUGAAGGAGCUGCUGCAUCAGUCCUGCAGGAGGGACUUGUGCCCCGAGGCCACGCAGCCACUCACAGAGUCUGGCUAACGUACACGAAUGACUUGAAAAUUUAGUUUCUGAAAAUUUGACUGUUUGAAUUCAACACGUUAUUUUUCAGCCGCACAAAUUUUGGAAUGUACAUUGGUGUAGUCUUUUUCUUUAUUUCAAAUUUUUAUUGUCUGGUGUGAACUCUGUAGUACGAUACGAUAUUUUUUUAGGUAAAGUAACCAUUAGAAUAAGAAUUUGAGGAAAUAUGCUAAUUUACAUUCUUGCUGAGACCACUUUUAUGACUAAACAGUGAAUAUGUAGCUACGGGAGGGAGACUGUUAGCUUAGCUUAGCAAAUAGAGACUGGAAAUGGGGAAACUGCUAGCAUGGCCCUAUCCAGAUAUAUAUUUAUAAAAGCAUCUGCUUUCCAGGCCUUCAAAAGUUACAUUCUAUUUGUCUGAACAAAAUCCAUUAAUCCAACACAUUACCCCCCAUAAAAUGGAAAAAUUUAGUUUUUAAACGAAAUUAGAUAUAACAAGUAAAUUGCUUAGCUGCAGACAUACUGGUAGGCUGAUUUUGUUACCUUUGAACAGAGGCAAACUAGCAUGUUUCUCCCAGCUUCGAGUACUAAGCUAAACUAAGCUAUUCUAAGCUAACCGUCUUCUGGCUGCAGUUUCAUAUUCAACAGAUAGAUAUGAGACUGUUAUCUAACUCUCGGCAAGAGAAAAAUUAGCAUAUUUUCAAAAUAGCAUUACCAUGGUACAAUAUUGGGGAUGAUUCUGAAAUGAAGGUGAUUUUAACAGACAAUUAUGCUCAUGUUUGAUUGAGCGGGUUUGGUUGCUUUUUAAUUAAGUGAUGAUGAAGAUAAAGAAUGUUUAUGAAUGUUUUUACUGUGUGAGGGACAGAAGAAGACACAGGAUCAAACAGCAACCCUUUUCAAUGGAAUGUAUCAGAUCAUAUUUUUAUUGAUUUAUUCUUUCAUUCCAUGCUAUUUUUUAAGACUGUAAAUCUCUGUUGUUUUUUUCCUAAAUGUAAAUUACGUAUAGUCAUAAAUGUGUAUUUUUUUCCAGAUUAUUUUUCAUAGAUUAAAAUGUGCACUUUUAUUUAAGAUUGAAUUUAUUUAUUUACUUUAAAAAAAAAAUUCUUUCUUUGUUGGAAAUGAGCUUUUUGAAAAAAAAUUCAAAAUGUGUUGCUUCCUUAUCAGUGUUUUAAGCCUCUCAUCUCAAUUCUUUUCACACACUUUUUGGACUUUAAUGUACAUUUUUGACUGUUGUCUAAGCACUGAAAUAAAUGUUCACCAGUUGUAUUAUAUAUCCCCUUUAAAAAUUCUUGUGAUUUGUGAUGUGUGAUUUAAAUAUAUUUCCUGUUGUACCUCAGAUUACAGUGACACAAUUAUAGUAGCCCCAUAGUUGAACCUUAGUUGAACAUUUGACAUUAACAUGACAGAUACUUCCUCUGUUGUUUCAUCCUUAUUGUGUCUCUGCAGCCUCUGAAUCCCAGACAGGCCAUGGUGAAGAGGUUGUCUGUGGUCAACUUGGAGAACUUUAAGAGACAGUACGCUCGACGCAGGUGGAAGCUGUCAUUCAGAAUUGUGUCCCUGUGCAAUCAUUUAACACGGAUCAUGAAGAAGGGUC